ACGAUGUACCAUAACAGUAGCCAGAAACGGCACUGGACUUUCGCCACUGAAGAGCAACUAACACGACUGCGGGCCGACGCCAAUCGCAAAUUCAAAUGCAAAGCGGUGGCAAACGGGAAGGUUCUUCCAAAUGAUCCAGUCUUUCUUGAGACUCAUGAAGAAAUGAUGCUCUGCAAAUACUAUGAGAAAAGAUUAUUGGAAUUCUGUUCAGUUUUUAAGCCAGCAAUGCCACGAUCUGUUGUGGGUACAGCCUGUAUGUAUUUCAAGCGAUUCUAUCUUAAUAACUCAGUGAUGGAAUAUCACCCCCGGAUAAUACUACUCACUUGUGCAUUUCUAGCCUGCAAAGUAGAUGAAUUCAAUGUAUCUAGUCCACAAUUUGUUGGAAAUCUUCGGGAGAGUCCUCAUGGACAGGAGAAGGCACUGGAACAGAUUUUGGAAUAUGAACUACUUCUUAUACAGCAACUAAAUUUCCACCUUAUUGUCCACAAUCCAUAUAGACCAUUUGAAGGCUUCCUUAUUGAUUUAAAGACUCGUUAUCCCAUGUUGGAGAACCCAGAGAUUUUGAGGAAAACAGCUGAUGACUUUCUUAAUAGAGUGGCAUUGACAGAUGCGUAUCUUUUAUAUACACCUUCCCAAAUUGCUCUGACUGCCAUUUUAUCUAGUGCUUCAAGGGCUGGAAUUACUAUGGAAAGUUAUUUAUCAGAGAGUCUUAUGCUGAAAGAGAACAGAACCUGCUUGUCACAGUUACUAGAGAUAAUGAAAAGUAUGAGAAACUUAGUAAAAAAAUAUGAACCACCCAGAUCUGAAGAAGUGGCUGUUUUGAAACAGAAGUUGGAGAGAUGUCACUCUGCUGAGCUUGCACUCAAUGUAAUUACGAAGAAGAGGAAAGGCUAUGAAGAUGAUGAUUAUGUUUCAAAGAAAUCCAAACAUGAAGAGGAAGAAUGGACUGAUGACGACCUGGUAGAUUCCCUUUAA